AUGAAGAUUGAGAAUAAUAUAAUACAAGACGAGAGGAAUGGCAAGAAAACGAAAGAAUUGGACACAUAUUUUACAGAAGAGGUACCGGUGCCACACAGUGAUAAUUAUUCAUUUAGUUGGCGCAGAUUACUGGCCUUCACGGGCCCGGGAUUUCUCAUGUCAAUUGCAUACUUAGAUCCGGGAAAUAUUGAAUCAGAUUUAAAGUCAGGCGCUGUGGCCAAGUAUCGGCUGCUCUGGGUUUUGGUCAGCUCUACAAUUGUGGGUCUAUUCCUGCAACGACUGUCCGCACGCAUAGGUGUUGUCACCGGAAAACAUUUGGCAGAAAUUGGUUUUAGACGUUACCCAAAAUUACCCCGACUUUUGCUGUGGAUUAUGUCUGAAAUCGCUAUAAUUGGCUCCGAUAUGCAAGAAGUUAUAGGAACGGCAGUUUCCAUAUAUUUACUGUCCAAUCGAGUUAUACCAUUAUAUGCCGGCGUUUUGCUAACUAUUUUGGAUACCUUUUCAUUCUUAUUGCUAGACAAAUACGGGUUAAGGAAACUGGAGGUGUUUUUUGGCCUAUUGAUCCUUAUAAUGGUCGGCACAUUUGGCUAUGAAUUUGUAAAAGUCAAACCCCUGGCCAGUGAUAUAGCAAAGGGAAUAGUGAUUCCUUACUGUCAGGACUGUGAUAGGGACGCACUGUUACAGGCGGUCGGCAUAAUCGGCGCUAUAAUAAUGCCGCACAACCUAUACCUUCACUCAGCUCUCGUCAAAUCUCGUCGAGUGGACCGCAAAAUCAAGGAAGAAGUGAAUGACGCGAACCGUUAUGUAUUUAUUGAAGCCGUUAUAGCUCUGGGAGUGUCUCUUAUCAUCAACAUAUCGGUCACCUCUGUCUUUGCACACGAGAUAUUUGGCAAAACUAAUGCUGAAGUACUGGAGGUCUGUAGCGCCACAAACAACUCGCUCUUCGAUAUCGAUAGUUUCGAAAAUAAUACGGAACCGUUUGAGGCCGACAUAUAUAAGGCGGGUAUUUAUAUGGGCUGUCAGUUCGGCGCCUUUGCUAUGUAUAUCUGGGCGAUCGGUAUCUUCGCUGCGGGCCAGUCAUCGACAAUGACGGGCACCUAUUCGGGUCAGUUCGUGAUGGAGGGCUUCCUGAACCUGAAGUGGUCGCGUUGGAAACGAGUCCUACUGACCAGGACCAUAGCCAUUGGGCCCACACUGGCCGUCACAUUGAGCUCCGACAUCCAGCACUUGACCGGAAUGAAUGACUACCUGAACGCCUUAAUGAGUCUUAUGUUACCCUUUGCUUUACUGCCGACCCUCACGUUCACGUGUUCGGCCAGAGUUAUGGGAGUGUUCGCCAACGGACGGGUGGUUAAGGGAAACCUUUUGAUAUAUAUCAUAGUCGCUAUAUUUGGUUUCUUUUACGCCUUGUUUACACUGUAUUUAGUGGUCUGCUAUUCAGUGGUCCUAUUCUCGAUUGAUUGGCCAAACUCUUUGCCGUUUGGCCAGUAUUUUAGAGAAGUGAGUGGAACUGAAUACGAAUACAUUGACCACAUUAAGUCUGACCCCAUACCCCUUUCUGACCCCCUACCCCUCUCACGGCUUUGA